AUGACGCUUGCCCAGUGGAUCGACGCGACGCACGACCCUCUGCCAGACUGCGACGUCAAGCCGUCCAACGUCCUCCUCUCCGCCGCCGGCGUCGCCAAGCUCUCGGACUUUGGGUUCGCUGCGUCGGCGCGCGGCCGCGUCGGCGAGUUCCACGCGCUGCUCCAGUCGGCGCACCCGAGCCGGAGGCGAGCGGGCGAGCCUCCUCACCCGCUCCUCGCCAUCCUUGAUUGGCUCCUCCAGGUGCUCGAGCCGCUGCCCGCGAGCCGGUGCGCCGCGGCGGACGUGCUGCGCCACCCCUUCUUCUGGUCCGGCUCCAGCAGGCUGCGGCUGCUGCUCGAGGUGUCUGACGCAGUGGAGGUGCUGGCGAGCGCGCAGCCGGAGGCGCCCGCCGUGCCCGCCGCCGUGUCGGCCGCGUUGCGCCUCUUCGAGGCGGAGGCGGCGCGGUUGGGCUGGCAGCCGUGGGGCGAGCGCGUCCCCGCGUCGCUGCUGGCGGAGGGGCGGGGCUAUGCGCCCGACUCGGCGCGCGCGCUCCUCCGCUUCGUGCGCAACUCGUGGCACCAUCGCGCCGACUUGCCGCCGAGGCUGCGCCGGCUGCUGCCCGGCGUGCCAGGGCUGUACGUCGAGGUCUGCUUGCCAAACCGGAGGCCGCUGGCCGCUGGAGCUGCUCACCGCUGGAGCGACUCACCGGGGGGCUCCCCCCCUGACUAG